GGGAAAGAUUCCAAAAUGAUAAAACCGCUUUAUCGCGUCAACUGUAAUUGAAGUUGGAGCAAUCGAGCGUUAACUAAAGGGGUAAAAUGGGCUCACUAGAUCCACCAUCACAGGGAGGCAAAACCCUAAUUCACGACGAACUUGACGAUAGCCGUCAAACUGCCGGCGAUGUUCGAUCGGAGCUUUCACCGGCAAUCAACGAUGAGCCCGGAUCUCCGCCGGAAAACGAAGCUUCGAAGAGAAGGAAAGUAGGUAUUCUUCCAUUAGAGGUGGGUACUCGCGUCAUGUGUCGUUGGAGGGACUGCAAGUAUCAUCCUGUUAAGGUCAUUGAGCGUCGAAAAGUUCCAUCUGGCGGACCUAAUGAUUAUGAGUACUAUGUUCAUUAUACCGAAUUUAACAGGAGGCUUGAUGAGUGGGUUAAACUUGACCAACUUGAUCUUGACUCGGUGGAAGCUGUGGUUGAUGAAAAGGUUGAGGAUAAGGUAACAAGUUUGAAGAUGACUCGUCAUCAAAAACGUAAGAUUGAUGAAAUCCAUGUGGAGGGUCAUGAAGAGCUCGAUGCAGCGAGUUUACGUGAGCAUGAGGAAUUUACUAAAGUAAAAAAUAUAGCGACUAUUGAACUUGGUAGAUAUGAGAUUGAGACAUGGUACUUUUCUCCGUUUCCACCAGAGUACAAUGACUGUGUGAAGCUGUAUUUUUGUGAAUUUUGUCUUAAUUUCAUGAAGCAUAAAGAACAACUACAUAGGCAUAUGAAAAAAUGUGAUCUUAAGCACCCUCCUGGUGAUGAGAUUUACCGGGCUGGAACAUUGUCAAUGUUUGAGAUUGAUGGCAAGAAAAACAAGGUUUAUGGGCAGAAUCUUUGUUAUUUGGCGAAGUUAUUUCUUGACCACAAGACACUUUAUUAUGAUGUUGAUCUCUUUCUAUUUUAUGUUCUCUGUGAAUGUGAUGAUCGAGGGUGUCAUAUGGUGGGUUAUUUUUCCAAGGAAAAGCACUCAGAGGAAUCUUAUAACUUGGCUUGUAUUCUUACUCUUCCUCCAUACCAGAGGAAAGGCUAUGGAAAAUUCCUUAUUGCUUUCUCGUAUGAACUUUCUAAGAAAGAAGGUAAAGUUGGCACACCUGAAAGGCCGCUUUCAGAUCUGGGGCUGUUGAGUUAUAGGGGUUACUGGACUCGUGUUCUAUUGGAUAUAUUGAAGAAGCACAAGGGAAAUAUUUCUAUCAAGGAACUCAGUGACAUGACUGCCAUUAAAGCAGAGGAUAUUCUUUCCACUCUUCAGACUCUAGAACUGAUUCAGUAUCGCAAAGGACAACACGUCAUAUGUGCCGAUCCAAAGGUUUUGGAUCGUCACCUAAAAGCUGCUGGACGCGGCGGUUUGGAGGUGGAUGUUUCCAAACUGAUCUGGACUCCUUACAAGGAGCAAGGUUGAUGGCUUAUCUCCCCCGAUCGCCUCAUUAGCUCAUGUAAAUGUACAAGGUUUAAUCAAGUAGGACACUUUUGUAACUGUUUUUUACUGACACAUGUAAAAAUUCAAAAAAUGUAUGUAAAAAUUCAAGUGACAUUGUCCUUCACUUUUUGGUAGCUUGUGAAUACUAAAUAUUCUGUAUGCACGGAGGUGGUUUUGUGAUUUUGAGAUAUGAGAUUCUUUCAGGUGGGUAUAUGGCGGAUAAGUAUCCACUAUCUAUGACAAUUAGUGUUUCUCGUGUUUAUAUUCACUCACUACCUUUUAAAUUUAUAAUCAUUCUCCCAAAUAAAAUGCGCAAAAUUUACUGAAUUUUUGUUGGGCAUCCCUAGUCAUUUACUUAUUAACUUGAAGUUCCUUCACAUAUUCCACAAUAAUAAAAUAUUUUAGUAUGAUAGCACCAAUGUGUAAAAUGGACAUGAUUUUAUUUUUAUUGUACGUUAAAUUUGGUUUUA